CAAAAGGACCCUCCCACCUCUCAUUUUGCUCCGUCCGGUCCCCCAACGCAAGAGCUAGCGAACUCCACCAUAAUAUAUUGCAGAGCACCGAGCAAAAGGGGAGCCUGGAUGAUCAUCAUACCAAAAGCUCCCACAGGCCACAGGGCAACUCGCUGGAAGCGUGUGUUCCGGAUUGCAUUUCCUAUUGGUUCCCUGUUCUUGGGAUUCUAGUGUGUUUGCAAGGCGAAGGAGCAUUUCAGAAGUAGGGAUAGGGAAGAAAGGAUGGCAGCAUGAGCGAGUGUGAGAGGGAGAGAUACAGGUUGAGUUUUGCUGCUCCUCUUCUUCUUCUUCCAUUGUUCAGCGCAGGCAAAGGGAACUGCGUUUGUUGAUCCUUCUCAGUUCUCAAGUUUAGGAACCCCUUUGGAGGUUCGUUGUGUGGGCUUGUUGUUGUCUUGUUGAGCUGUUCCUUCUGAGGGGUGGUCAAAUUGGUUAGCACAAAUGGUAGUGUCUGAGAGAAAAAGACUGCUCCUUCUGUACAUAACUUUUGUGAUUCUUUCGCUUCUUGCGCCAUCGAAUGGCGCAUCGAAUUCCACGGAGAACAUCAAUCGAAGCCACAACAAAACUGGCCAUCCUUUGGAGAUGACACCCAAAGUAUCAUUUCAGCUCAAGCUACAUGCAUUGUUCCACUGGUUUUCGUUUGGUUUCUUGAUGCCGGUAGGGAUAAUACUAGUCAGAAUGUCAAGCAAAUCUCAAAACGGCAGAUGCGUCCGAGUCCUCUUCUAUUGCCAUAUCAUUUCGCAGAUUGCGGCUGUCCUUCUUGCUACAGGCGGCGCAGUGCUGUCGUUAAUGAACUUCGAAAACUCCUUCAGUAACAGCCACCAAAGAGUAGGAUUGGCACUAUAUGGAUUCAUGUGGCUUCAGCCAAUUAUCGGUUUCUUCAGGCCAGAAAGAGGUGUCAAGGUAAGGAGUCUGUGGUACUUCUUCCAUUGGCUUGUGGGAAUCGCAGUCUGCGCCACUGGCAUCGCAAACGUCUACAUUGGUCUUCGCACCUACCACGAGAGAGCCACCAAGAGCGUGAGGCUUUGGACAAGCCUCCUCACCGUUGAGGUUUCCUUCCUGGCUUUCUUCUACCUCAUGAUAGACAGAUGGAGCUACGUGAUGAAGCAAGGGCAUCUCCCUGCUGAGCAGCUAAGGCCUACCGAUAAUCGCAGAACCUAUCCGACUACCCUUCGGAAGGAGCUGGCUAUGGCGCAAGAGUGAAAUCUCCAAACAAAAAGACAGUGUAGGAAGGCAGGCUCUGUAAAGUUUGCUGAAGAAGAUGGUAAAUUGGUAAUGCCGCUAGUGGUUUGGUAACUUGUUUGGUUUGAGAGGUGUGCCUUUUUUAGAACAUGUGAGAGCUGUGUCUUCCAGAAUAUUGUACAUUUUUUACACUUGAAUUGGAAUCGGAGAGGAUUAGAGCCUCUGGUGUUGUAUCUUGCAUUUUGCCUUUAUUAUACUAGUAUGUCUUCAGGGACGAAAUGACACUAACUGUGCUUGAUGGAGGUCCAUGUUCUAAUCAUAUGUUCAUUGUUCUAUGGGCGCACUUUUUAUUUUCUUCCAGGUUUGUCAGAAUCAGCACUUCAGGGGAUGCAACAUUUCACAGUGCUAAUUU